CUUGAACAACUGCAAUUCCCACAAUUCCUGCGUGUGGGAGCCAUUCAUUACUAAACAGCAACACAGCGACGGAGUCAACAUGUCAGACAAGAAACAGACCGUAGACCUGGGCUUACUGGAGGAGGACGACGAGUUUGAAGAAUUCCCAGCCGAGGAUUGGACGGGGCUGGAUGAAGACGAAGAUGCUCAUGUUUGGGAAGAUAACUGGGAUGAUGACAAUGUAGAGGAUGAUUUUUCAAAUCAACUGAGAGCGGAGCUCGAAAAACAUGGUUACAAGAUGGAGACGUCAUAGUGGCUGACAAGGCCUUUCACUAUUCUGUGACGUUGGAUAUGGACAUUUGUAUUUGAAGAUUACCUGUUGAACACCCACCACAAGAAGAGUAAUUUGUUUCUUUUUUGUCAGAAAUAUGGAUGAAAGUAAAGAGUUUGGAGAAAACUGUU